UAGUCUUCAAAGCUUCAAGCUUCAAGCUUCAAGUUCUACUACUAAGUAGCGGCUGUCCACCUAGGGCGCCGACUUUUGACGUUUCCGAGGACCUUGAAGGGCCCUUCUUUUCAUAGGGUGUAAUAGGCCUUCGAGGUCCCACCGACUAAGCUCCCUCCUUGUCAACGUCGUUCUCGACCGCCCCAACGACCUUCACCUCACCCACCACAAGUCAACUAACCUCCGGAGUCCAACCAUAUUCCACACAUUCAUGGAGGACCACGCUGCCAGCAACAUAUACAUAUCCAGGGCCUAGCAAAACUACCAUCUCCGUCUCCAUCCCCGCUUCCGCCUGAGCCAAUCAAGCACUGGGAUAGAGCACUCAAGGGCUUCCUUACACAAGCUGGUCUCACUCAAGCCCUCCGGGGAUUUGAGGAUGACUUGAGCAUGUUGAAUCCAAUUAGGAAGAAAGAGAAGAUUCCGGGUGCGCUUCGGGAACUGGUGACGAAGCUUAGCGUGUGUUGCCGUUCUAAUUAGGUGUGCGCAUUCGGUUCACGAUAUGACCUCAGGAAGUCAAGGAAUACCAAACUAAUCAAGGGGUGGACGUAGACAUGCCGACGCCCAAAGAGACUGGGUCCUCGUUGGAGAGAGGAAGUUAGAAUACAGGCACCUAGCUAAUGGUGUCGAACCGUGAUCGCAGACAUCAACAAAUCCAUAUCCACUCUCCUCGCAAAAAACCGCGCUCGGAACAAUGCCUCGAAUCAUUUUAUACACCCUCGCCGAGAAAAAACACCAAGUUGCAUAAUGAACAAAAUGGAGGGGAUCCAGCUCCCAUAAAUUCUUGCGCACGCACAGACACAAAGCCUCGCCGUUUGCUAUGGUACACAACGUCAUACCAGGUCUAA